AUGAGGGAUAGCCCCUUUGAAGAAAACGGAAAAAUACAGACCGAUGACAACACUAAUAUAGUUGCUACUACGAGUAGUAGUAUAACUCCCUGUGAUGCCGGCAGCAGUGAAACUACUUGUAGUAUGGCGUGUAAUGCUCUUGUACCUUAUCAACCAGAAUUAAACACCCCAUUAAAAAGAUUCAAAGUCCCGACUCGAACUUUCGAGUUUGCUGGUCGACAGCUGACCAUUCAACAGAAGUGGGAUGACCACGGAGUAGCCGCGGUGGUGUGGGAUUCUGCAGUUGUCCUCUGUGAGUUUUUGGAAAGAGAGAAACAUUUAGUAAAAAACAAGAAUAUCAUAGAACUUGGUUCUGGUACCGGACUUGUAGGUUUAGUGGCAGCUUAUUUAGGUGGAAAUGUAACAGUGACAGAGCGGGAAUCAGUUCUGGACAAUCUCCAUUCCAUUGUAAAAGAAAAUAUUCAAGAUGAUAAGACAACUGAAAUUAAUGUCUUAAAAUUAGACUGGAGAGAUGACCUCACAAAUUCUUUUUCUCCUGAGUACGACCUUAUCCUUGGAGCUGACAUUAUUUAUAUUGAAGAGACAUUUCCAGAUCUGCAAAGAACUCUUCUUUAUCUUAGUAAUCAGCCAAAUUGUAUGAUUCUUCUUUCUUGCAAAAUCAGAUAUGAAAAAGAUUCUAAAUUUUUAGAGAAAAUGGGGAAUGAUUUCACAGUUAAGCGACUGGUUUAUGAGCCUGAACGUGACAUUUCUAUUUACAAAAUCAAAAGGAAAUGUAUUGAUCAGUGA